UAUAUCAUUUUAGUCUGGAGACUUAAAAAUAUGAUUCUAUUGUUGUAUUUAAAAUUUUUAAUGACACCUCUGCUUUGUAAAAAAAAUAUUUAGCUUAAUGACACUGUUAUUAUAUAAGCAUGAUGAUUCACAAUUUCAAAUCCAAAACAAUAGUUUUUUUUAUUUAAGAAACUUUGUUUAUAUGAUAAUUAACAUUUUUUUAUGUUGAUCUAAAGUAUUGAUAUAUGUGAUUUCUAUAUAUGUUUUACUGAAUUGAACUUCACACUAUUGCAUAUUGAAAUUCAUAUAAUUUUAUAGUAUCUAAAAUAGCUAUUAUAUGUUGAUUAGAUGAAGUCAAGGUGUAAACUGGACAAACACUGUGCACAAUUAAAAAUCUUGCAGUAGCUUGUUUCCAACUCUAUCUCGAAUCUUUCUUCAUGAAUUGCAUUUCUAAACAUUUGAAAAGAGAUGUUUUUAUUUCUUGACAUAAUCUUGUUUCUUUCCAAAAUAACAUCUCGCAAUUGAAGUUCUUUUAGAUUAUCAAUCAAUCUAGAAGUGAUUUAUUCAUAUGUUUUUUUGUAGAUUUGUUUGAUUUCAUAUUAAUUAUUGAGAAUGACAUUUAGUAUGGUCUUAUAUCUUUUUGAUUUGUGGAGUAAUAUCAAAAAGUACACCAUAAAAUCUUUCCGCCUCACAUUCGAGAAUAUAUAAAAGGCUUUAAUGCACGUAGUAAACUUCCGACAACCGGUGGGAGCUGAAUUACUUGGUUGCAAUGAAAUGUAGAGACCAUCUAUGAAAAAAAAACAACUACAAGAGUCCGUUGCACCAAAAGUCUCACAUCGUGUUAUCAUGCGGUGAUUAUUGUAGCUGUGAAAAAACACGAUGGCGAAUGGGUAGCUGUGUGUAAGCUGAGCAACGGUACUCAUAUUGGUGAUCAUGGAUACCUCUAUGUAUCUCUUAUGGUCCAGUACAUGCUCUGGCGGAAAUUUAUGAAGAAUAACAUCUAGUAGUAUGGUCUUAUAUUUUCGAUUCUUAUGUCAUGAUUAUCGUGGAUUAGUAAUUGUUGAUGUAAGAAGAUACAAAGGGAACUGGUUGAUGUAUGCAAAUUAAGUAAUGGAUGACAUGUGGGUGACUAUGGAUAUCUUUUAACUUUUCCUUUAAUCUUUGCAAUUUUAAAUGCUGGUAAAUUAUAUUUUGAUUUGGUUCAAUGUUUUUGAUUAUAUGUUCAUUGCAGAGAAUUAAGACACAAAUAUAAUAUUAGUAAACUUUUAUUGAAUUGGACCAUAUGAAAAUAACCAAAACUAAUUGAAUUGGACCAUAUGAAAGUAACCAAAACUAAUGUUGUUUCCUUCAAUGUUUUUAUCUUCUUCAUAUUUGUUUGUGUAUGGACUUUUAGACGAUAAAACCUAAUAGAGAUUCACAUUCGAUAGCUAAUCUUAGUAUAAGCAAUCAUAUAAACGUUUGCUCUUAAAGAAUACAGACAAGUUCUUUUAUUAAUAAUGACUUGCUACGAUGUAGUCAGUCAUACAGAGACAAGUGUUUUUUUUCUAUUGAAAAUAUAUAGAAACUAGUGGAUUUUAUCAUUUUAGUUUGGAAUUUAAUGUAUGUUUAUAUUGUUAAUACUUUUAAUGACACCUCUGCUUUAUCAAAAUAGUCAGGUUAAGUACACACUGCUACUAUAUAAACAAUGAUUUACAACAACAAAUCCAAAACGGAAUGAUUGAAUUCGUUAAAUUUGUGAUUGAAUAAGACUCGUUUUGCUAUCAUUUGAAAAACAACUGGCUUCUAUUAUUCUAUGGUCGCGUGAGAAGGUCACGCAAUAUUUUCGUUUGCGCUUUUGCUUUGUUCCUUGCGCUCAUUGAUGGUUGAAUAAGGAGAAUGAGAUCUCACCAAGGUGGUCGUAAACUGACGGUUCUUCAACUUCUAUGUGCCGUUGCAGUUUUCUCCAUCCUCCUCUUCGUCACCAUCCAAUCUUCCUUAUUCGCAACAGAUAAUAGCAAUCGCAAGCUAUUCUUUCAUCCGGAAGAUAUUAAGAUCUUGUCAGUGUUUCAAUCCAGCGUUCAACAGUGUGUGGGGGACAGAGGUCUUGGACUAUCUGCUCAUAGUAUCGAUCACUGCAACUUGAUCCUCAAGUUCCCUCAAGGCACUAACAACACUAGGUACAAUAAACAGUUCAAGAUUUUUGAGCCACUGGAGUUCAAGUAUAAUGUUUGUGAGGCACUUCUCCUAUGGGAGCAGACGGACGAAAAUAAUAUACGGCCAAAUAUAACAUUGGCUCUUUAGCAAUAAUUAACUCGAACCUAUUGGUCCUAUCGAUUUGAUAUUAGGAAACGAACCUAUUGGCUAAAGAAACAUCUGGGAAAAUACAUAUUGGCUCUUUAGAAAAACGCAAACGAGUACAAUAGACCAAAUGUAAUCAUAUUAUAAUAAAGUUUUAUAUGUAAUAUAGAAAAUAUAGAUAUCGAUGUAGAUAUAUAUUUCUGAAAGCAACGUUUUAAUCAAACAACACAUACAUUUAAAAACGGAAAAGGGUAUUAGCCCUAUUGAUUAAUAGUGUAAGUUUAAUCAGCAUAAUAUAUACAUUGAGAGUUUUUUUUUUGGUAAAAUGUUAAAUAUUAUACCAAGUUUUCAAAUUUGUGACAGCAAUUACAGAGAUAACUAGUAGCAGAAUGCAAGAAAUUAAACUAAACAACAAAUGGAAUGCGACAACAACUGAAACCAACAGCAGUAGAGGUCAGACUAGAAACCAGCUAAGCAACGAAACAAGCUGAGACCAAAGCGAGCCGGAAAGGUCAGAGAAAAGGAGCCGGUUACCACGAGCUACCGAGAGAUAGGCGACCUCAAACCUAGAAGCUACGGUUCCUACAGCUUCCAACAACCCAACCCAACACAAACUGACCCAAAGAAUCCAAGCACGGACCUACCACAAGACCAGACAGAAACUACCUCUGACGGCACGAGAGAAAGCCUCCACUCGACGAUGUCGUCGUUCGAAGAGUAGAUCUGAAGAAUGCCGCCUCCAAACCCAACACACCGUGACCGUUACAUCCAUUGAAUCACAAACCCAUAUAGAGAGAGUGAACCGAAUAGUGACCGACCCUCCAGAAGCAGCACCGACAAGAAGAAUGACAAACCGAGAGUCUAACUGCCGCACGGAACCAAGUACACGGCCAACACCACCGCAGGAAACCAGAACACCACCGCAAACUUUAUUAGGGUAAAGAGAGUAAGCAAACGAGGGCCACACCGUCGAGAAAACUCCAUGGAAGAAGCGACAAGCACGCACCACCACCACGCACUGCCUCCACCUUAACGCGCUGCCACCAAAUCACAUCGGAAAGAAAGAUUGCAACUUCCUUCCCAACGUAACUCACGCGUCUCACCGGCAAAGAAGGAGCAAAAGGAUCCAAG